CUUUCACUGUCUGGCAUGCAUUGGGUUGAGCCAUCGUCCGCAGCUGCUGUCUGUCCCGUUCCAGUUACGAGGAAAUGCCCCAAGUGCUAUGACUUGUGUUUUCUGCCUUCAGCUUCGGACUUGCCCAAGAGCUUGAUGCCUGGACCUUACCCCAAGACCGCAGAGGAACGGGCAGCUGCUGCUAAGAAAUACAACAUGAGAGUGGAGGACUAUGAGCCAUAUCCCGAUGAUGGCAUGGGGUAUGGUGAUUAUCCCAAACUUCCUGACCGAUCUUCUCAUGAGAAAGACCCCUGGUAUCAGUGGGACUACCCGGGUGCAAGACGAAACUGGGGAGAGACGAUGCACUGGCAUCAUGACAUGUAUCUCCGGACCCGUGUUGACACAUCCCCCACUAUGAUCUCCUGGCACACCAUGCGCAAUCACUUCCUCCUCUUUCUUGGCUUCAUGCUGUUCAUGUUUGGUAUGGGAGAAAUAUACCCGUCUUACAUGCCUGUGGGACCGAAGCAGUACCCUUAUAAUAACCUCUACCUGGAGCGAGGGGGCGAUCCCAGCAAAGAGCCCCCCGAGGUGAAGAACUAUGAAAUCUGAAAGGCACGUGGAAAUAGAGCUCCUCUCCUGAGACACUUCUCUUGGGGGCCCUCCGCAGUGUUCCGUGCAGGAUGCACUGGCCACUUCUCUUAGGCAUUUACUCUUCAUGAAAUAUAUUGUGAAAACACAUGUGGUGAAUUUCCUUUCUUUGGAGGGGCUAUAAAGGGGGCGGUGAAGUUACUGAGCAGGGGCAGAAUUCCUUUGAGUACGUGAUGGCACUUCAGGAAGAAGUUCCAGGGUGUUGAUAUUUAUGCAUCUGUGUAUUGUGGGCACUGGAAUUCUUAUGUAAAUCUGAUUGUGAUUUGUGUGGGCCACAGUGCCAGCCACCAAGCUCAUCCUUGCAGUUGCUGGAAGGAGAAGAAAGUAAAAUAGAAUUCUGCUGUGUGUUCAAGGAUA